AUGGGUUGCAAAAUUUCACCAAUUUUCAAUGUUUAUCAUUUAAGUUCUACUUGCCGCGUGAAUGGGCUGAGUCUAAAGCCCAUGGGCAAUAAGUCGGGGGGGGAGAUACAGUGGGGACAUUAAUAGACUGACGAUGAUGGUGAUCGUAAUAUGAGGUUGUGUUCGCUCGCAGCAAACGAUCGAGGAGUUCGCGACGCGCGUGGGGCAGCAGGCGGUGGUGCUGGUGGCGACUCCCGGCAAGCCCAACACCUCGUACCGCGUGUUCGGCGCCAAGCCCCUGGAGGACGUGGUCCGCAAUCUGCGCUGCAUGAUCAUGGAGGAGCUGGAGAACGCGCUCGCGCAGCAGUAAGAUCAGUGGGGUGGGGUAUAUACUGGGCUAUCGGGUCUGGGUUGGUCAGUAGGGGGUCGGGUAGCAUGCCUGGCGCUGGCUUGGCUGCGCGGCUGAGUAACGUGGGUCAGUUCGGGCUGGGCGGCUGCGAUCAGGCCCCGCCGCCGCCCGCAGACGACCCCUCGCUGUUCGAGCUGCCCCCCCUCAUCAUCGACGGCAUCCCCACGCCCGUCGAGAAGAUGACGCAGGCCCAGCUGCGCGCCUUCAUACCGCUCAUGCUCAAGUACUCCAUGGUUCGCGGCAAGCCGGGCUGGGGCCGCGAGUCGACCAGGCCCCCGUGGUGGCCCAAGGACCUGCCGUGGGCCAACGUGAGGAUGGACGCGCGCUCCGAGGACGAGAAACAGAAGAUGUCAUGGACGCACGCGCUACGUCAGAUAGUGAUCAACUGCUACAAGUACCACGGCCGCGAGGACCUGCUGCCCGCCUUCACCGAGGACGACGAGAAGGGGCCGCCCACGCAGCCCAUGUCUCAGUACGCGCCCGCAGUACUCCAGACCAUCACCAAUCCGGACGGCACCGUCUCCCUGAUCCAGGUCGACCCCAACAACCCCAUCAUCACGCUACCCGACGGCACCACGGCUCAAGUGAUCCACAGCGGCGAAGGCGGCGGAGGCACGGGAGUUGGCGUCGUACAAGCUUUAGACGGAGACGGUACCGUUGUAGAUCUCAACGCUGUAGCCGAGGCGACUCUCAACCACGACGGACAAUUGAUACUUACCGGGGAAGACGGACAUGGCUACCCGGUAUCCGUUUCCGGGGUAAUAACGGUCCCGGUGUCCGCAUCCGUGUACCAGAGCAUGGUGGCCUCCAUGCAGCACCACGACGGAGUAUGCGUGGCCCCCAUCGUGCAGGUGGAGCAGGGCGGCGAGACACUGGAGGCGUUGUCGAUGGGCGGCGGCGUCGCGCAGGUCAUGCUGCAGGGCGCCGGGGACCAGGUGCUGCAGGUGCUCAGCCUCAAGGAUGCCAGCGUGCUCUCCAAGGCCAUGCAACAGGUGAAGGCAGAGCGGGACGCGGUGGUGGCAGACUCCUAG